AUACCUACUCUUGUAACAAGGAAUCUGUUGUAGACACAGGAAAAUAUUUUAAUAAGAUCGUAACUUCAGUUAGUCGUGAUUGAUUUUUUUCAAAUCUUAUUUUAUGAAGUAAAAUAAUAAAGAUGUGAAAAGUGAUAAUUUCUAUGAUUUCUAAAAUGUCAUCGAAGUGCAUCUCUGUCAAUCCACAUUUCUCAUAUGUUUAUUGAACUUCAAUUCAUCAAUUCAAUCAAUUUAAUUAAUAUUAUUGUAAAAAUGGAUAAUUGUAAAUACAAAAAUUUGACAAUAACAAUUGAAGAAGGAUAAAUGAUCUCUAAAGAAAAGAGAAGAUUUAUAUGGAAUCAUUUUCGCGAUAAAAAAAUUUUUAAGAAAAAGAUUGUUCAUUGAUCCUGUCAAUUUUUUCUUUCACAAUUGUUUACAAAAUACAGACAACGAACCUGAAAGUAUAAAAUUAAAAUAUGAAUAACUUUGUGAGAGAAAAAAAGGGUUCUUGCAUUCGAUACUAACCUAUCUCAACAGAAUGCGAGUAUUAAAAUCCCCGAUAUGCUUUUCAUAUUUAGAAAUUCUUAAGAUAUAUAUAUAAACAUUAAUUCCUAAAAUACUAAAAAAGAUUCAUCAACAAAAUUAAAAAAAAAAUCCAACAAGAAUUUAUCAAUAUUAUAUAUAGUUACUAUUCUUCUAACCAACCGUGAUAAGAAAUAGCUGUUCAACAUCUUUAACAGCAAUAAAUCAAAAAAAUAAACAAAUAAUUAAUAAUAAAAUAAAAUUAAAGAUUAAAAGUAUAAAAAAAUGUCAGAAGAUAGGCAAUUUGCAUUCAUUAAUGUGUUCUGGUUGGAACCGUUAUUGUGGAAAGUCAUAAAAAAUUUACUUUAUAAUAUCAUUUAUAGGAUUUUAAUUCCUCUAGAUUUUUCAAAAAUUAUUGAGAUAAAAUUAUGCAGGAUCGCUGAACAGAAAGGAUGCAGUUUGGAGAAGUGUCGUUGAACCGGAUUUAUUCUGGUUAUUUGAUUCGGUGUUAUUAUCAACGUCCUCGUCGUCGAGGUCGUAAAAUUCAAGAAAGACUUGGCUGGAUUCAAGGUCAGCCACAGAAUGUUGGCGGAAAUGGUCCGUCUUUCGUACCAGCAUCGAGCAUUUUAUUGCUAUGUGAUUCUGAGUAUAUGGAUUUUUCUUCUUGUUGCUGGUAUGUACAAAUAUAUUGGUAUAGAUGAAAAAAGUUCUAUGCAAACUAGAGUUAUAGAAAAUGACAUUUCCAUAAAAGAAUUCCCAAGAAAUUUAAAAGCUGAUCUAAAAACCAAAAAAAUAUUUCGAUUUUGUAAUCCUCCUAGUGAAAUUACAACGGAAACAGAAGGAAAAUUAGAUGGAAAUUUAACAUUAGGAGGAAUUUUAGUGUUUAUUCGACAUGGAGACAGAGGUCCUUUAGCACAUAUUCGAAAUAUAAGUUUAGUGAAUUGCGGUGGAGAUUUUAGUUCCAUACCUGAAUUAGAAAAUUUAUAUCAUAAUUAUGUAAAUUUUUUGCAAAAUGUUUCCAGCUAUUCCAGAACUGCUUGGGCACAAUUUUUAGGACCAUUUCAUGGUUUUCCAAUGUUGCCCAGCAAUUCUAAAGAUUGCAAAAUUGGCCAAUUGACAACUCUUGGCAUUGGACAAUUAUUAAAAACUGGAAUCAUACUUAAAAAUGCUUAUUAUCAUAAAUUGAAUCUGGGAAAUAAUUCUAUAUCCAAUAAGGAUAUUAUUGUAUAUAGCACUAGGUAUCGAAGGACAGUCCAAAGUGCAGUUGCAUUAUUAUAUGCUCUAUUAGAAACAGAUGGUUUCCAAAAUUUAGCUAAAAUUACUAUGCAAGAAAGUCAAAGCUAUGCUUUUUGUAAUACAGAUUGUGCAUGUCCUGCUGCUGAAAAAUUUUAUAAGCAAUAUCUAAAGGAAAUGUCAGAUCAUUUGAAAUCUCAUCCAGCAGUGGCUGAUCUUAUACGACAAGCUUCCAAUGCAGUCUUCGAAAUUCCUGAUCAAGCCCAGAUGACAGAUCCUAAUACCUUAAAGGAUGCAUUGUUAACUUAUAUCUGCCAUGGUGCUUCUCUGCCCUGCAUAGACUUUAACACUCAAAGAAUUUGUGUGAAAACUGAACAUGUAACAAGUUUGUUCACUUAUACGGAAUGGGAAUCUAAGCAAGUGGCAAAAAAUAAUAGUCGCAGAAAAUAUGGAUUGCUAAGGGCUUAUGGGUUACUUCGAAAUAUCGUUUCCUAUAUGUUACGGAUUAUUUCUGAAGCUAAACCAAAAAUAGUUUUAUAUUCUGGUCAUGAUAAAACAUUAGAAUACCUCGCAACUGCUCUCGGUAUAUUUUCUGACAAAUUAACAAUGCCGCAUUAUGCUUCUCGUUUCGUGAUCGAAGUUUAUCGAAUAAAUCCGAAAAAUGAAAAUCACGUAGCUAGCGAUUUCUAUUUUCGAGUAGUGAUCAAUGGUAAAGAUUUUACUCAGAAAAUUCCAUUUUGCAGGAAUGCAAAUUUUUAUAGUAUCAGUUAUAUUGAACGCAAUGAAAUGGAAAAACGCAAAGAUUCAAAAUUGUGCCCAAUCGAGACAAUCAUCAGACAACUUCACGAUGAUUAUUUCGGACCAUUUAAUGCAACUAAUUUCAAAGAUGCAUGCACUAAUCAUAAGUAUGGAUAGUGUAAAUGCGACAAAUUUAUUAAAAUGAUAUAAAUUAUCAAUUGUAUAAUUAUUUAAUUUUUUUGUGAAAUUAAUGAAAUGAAAAAUAACCAAAAAUUAAAAAUUGAAUAUUCUAUAAGCUCUCACAAACUAGAAGUGAAAUAUAAUCGGUGCAAAUUCAAAUCUUCAUAAAUUCAAAUAAAAUAAUAGAUCUUAAUAUUCUAAUAUUUUCCAAAGAAAGUAUUAAAAAUAUAUUACAAAGAAUCUCAGCAAAUUUCUUUUAUUAUUAAAGCUUUAUUAUAUGGAAAUCUCAAAGUAUAAAAUAUAAAAAAUGAUAGUAAAAUUUGCACUGUUUAGAUACUGUCUUCGAACGAAUAAGAAAAAGAAAGCCUUAUAUUCUUAGAUUAUAUCUUACAAAAUCGAAUAUAGCUUUAAAUAUACAUACAAAGCUAAAUGAUUGCCAUAUAUAUUUUAUCACGUCUUAAUGUAUAUAUGUAAAUAACUUUUAUCAAACGGAAAUUGUGUUUAUUGUUUUUAAAAUUGUUGAAAAAAUUAAAAUCCUAUGUAGUUCUCCAUCUUUGCUACAAUUAAAUAAUUAUUUUCCUUGUUAAAAUUAA